AUGAUCUACAGAGCACCCAGUGACCUCACUCUGCCCCGCCCCGUUUCCGCGUUGCAUGGCGUGACGUCUCGUCGGCGGGGCGGGGCGGCUGGGCUGACGCGUCGCGCGGCGUGUUGCGCAGGCUGGUGCUCGGAGGACGAGGAGCGCUUGGUGCGCGACCUGUUCCGGGGCUACAACAAGCUCAUCCGGCCCGUGCAGAACAUGACGCAGAAGGUGGACGUGCGCUUCGGGCUGGCCUUCGUGCAGCUCAUCAACGUGUAA